CGGCUCCUCCGCGUCGUCCUCCUCGUCUCAGUACCUGGCCGGCUUCCGUCAGGGGGGCUGAUCGGCUCCAAGAUCGUAGUCGCUGCGCCAAGCAGAGCGGGGCGGGCCGGUAAGGAGCGGAAGGAAGCUCGGGACACCACGCCGGGCGCUCGGGGACCCACGGGCACUGCUUCCUUCACAACCUGCUUGCCAGUCCUCCCCGGAUCCUCAAACACGCCGUCUUAGCCCGCGCGGAGCCAAUGCCCUCAGGACACCUGAACGCGGGCGCCUCGGGCCUCAGGAGACCUCGGGGGCUCUCAGGGGGACCGAAGACCCGGACGCGACAGGUGGCGGCCCCUCAUCGCUAUGGCGACGACCCGUUCACCCCAGUAGCCCGGACCCUGACCGGGGCGUCGUGACGUCAUGACGCCCUCCCCGGGCGCUGGGCCUCGCGGGCCCUGCGUCACCCCGGCCAGGGGGCGGGGCGGGGCUCUCAGCUCCCAGUUCACAGCCGGAGCUCCCGGGCUCCUGGGGCCCGGGAGCCGGAAUAAGUGGGACUGCAGCCCUGGCGUCUGGGGGUGCGGGGUGGAGCGUGCGCUGGAUUCCCUAUACGGGUUCCGGGGCCCGGUAGGGGCGCGCCGAGAGGAGAGGAAAGUGCAGCGGCCCUGGAACCUGGAUAUCGCGCGAGGCAAGCUGCGCGCGGGCGGGAGGGCUAUGGCGCAGGCGGGUUGCGGGGCCGGCGCUGGUGGCGGGGCCCGGUGCACUGCGGUCUGUCGGCGGAGUCGCCCUCGGGGGCUGUCAGAUUUGUGACCCAGAAGGAAAUCUCUGACACUAGCUGUGGCUUUCAGUGCUGGCCAGCAGCCAACUUCAUGUCUGAGUGCACGAGCAGCAGUUUACCAUGGAGAGCUUGGGGCUGCAGACGGUGACCCUCAGUGAUGGGACGACAGCCUACAUCCAGCAAGCUGUCAAAGAACCUCUGGCCUUUGAAGAUGGACAGCCUGUGCAACUGGAAGAUGGCAGCGUGGCCUACAUACACCACACACCUAAAGAGGGCUAUGACCCCAGCACCCUGGAAGCCGUCCAGCUAGAAGAUGGCUCUACUGCCUACAUUCACCACCCUGUGACAGCAUCAGACAGCACCAUCCUGGCAGUGCAGACAGAAGUGGGCUUGGAGGAUCUGGCCACGGAGGAUGAAGAGGGCUUCAAUGCAGACACAGUGGUGGCCCUGGAGCAGUAUGCCAGCAAGGUUCUGCACGACAGCCAGGUUCCCCAUAAUGGCAAAGGGCAGCAAGUUGGAGACAGAGCCUUCCGCUGCGGCUACAAGGGUUGUGGGCGUCUCUACACUACCGCUCAUCACUUAAAGGUGCAUGAAAGAGCUCAUACAGGUGACCGUCCAUAUAGGUGUGAUUUUCCCAGCUGCGGAAAGGCCUUCGCCACAGGAUAUGGACUGAAGAGCCAUGUGCGCACACACACUGGUGAGAAGCCAUACAAGUGCCCAGAGGAGCUAUGCAGCAAGGCCUUCAAGACCUCAGGCGACCUGCAGAAGCAUGUCCGGACCCACACUGGUGAACGCCCAUUCCGGUGCCCUUUUGAGGGCUGUGGCCGCUCCUUCACCACGUCUAAUAUCCGCAAGGUACAUGUGCGCACCCAUACAGGGGAGCGGCCCUACACCUGCCCUGAGCCCCACUGUGGCCGUGGCUUCACCAGCGCCACCAACUACAAGAAUCACGUGCGCAUCCACACAGGGGAGAAGCCAUACGUUUGCACGGUGCCAGGCUGUGGGAAGCGCUUCACCGAGUACUCGAGCCUGUAUAAGCACCAUGUGGUACACACACACUGCAAGCCCUACACCUGCAGUACCUGCGGCAAGACCUACCGGCAGACCUCCACCCUGGCCAUGCACAAGCGCAGCGCCCAUGGUGAGCUGGAGGCCACGGAGGAGAGUGAGCAGGCCCUCUAUGAGCAGCAGCAACUUGAAGCCGCCUCUGCAGCCGAGGAGAGCUCACCACCCAAAAGGCCCUGCGUUGCUUACCUUUCGGAGGUGAAAGAAGAAGGUGAUGACAUCCCAGCUCAAGUGGCCAUGGUGACCGAGGAAGAUGGAGCCCCUCAGGUGGCUCUGAUCACUCAGGAUGGUGCCCAGCAGGUCAAUCUGUCCCCAGAAGACCUGCAGGCUCUUGGGAGUGCCAUCAGUAUGGUGACCCAGCAUGGCAGCACCACCCUCACCAUCCCCAGUCAUGACAACGACCUUGCCACAUCUGGCACACAUACAGUCACCAUGGUCACCGCUGAUGGCACCCAGACACAGCCCGUCACAAUCAUUACCUCUGGGGCUGUGGUGGCUGAGGACUCAAGUGUAACUUCCCUGCAUCACCAACAGGUGGCGCUGCUGGCCACAGCCAAUGGAACUCACAUUGCAGUACAGCUGGAGGAGCAGCAGACUUUAGAGGAAGCCAUCAGUGUGGCCACUGCUGCCAUGCAGCAAGGAGCCGUGACCUUGGAGACCACAGAGUCGUAGAGUGGCUGCUGAGCCCACGAGGGCUGAGUCCCACACCGUGUUAGAAGAGAUGCCAUGCUGCAUCCUUGCCUCUUUGGGCCCAGGCUAUUGCUGACUUGUGGAAGGUGGCCAUACAGGUCUCCAAGGGCAAGAAGGCAGCAAGAAAUUGGCCUACGUGAAGGAGACAGAGCCCUGUCCAAGAAGAAGACUAAGCAGCUGGAAUCAGGAGUAGAUCAUCCUCAGGAGCUCAGGAGGACAAACUAGAUCACCAGCCUGCACUGGGGCAUCCUCCUCUCCAAACCAACUGGGUACCCACUCUCCACCCACCAGAUAACACCCUUCUGCCCUUAGCUCACUUCCCUUCUCGGGUGGCAGUUGGGACUGCUGGGGAAUGGUCCUCCACUCUGACUAGUCACUGCUCAUCAGGAAAGAGGGCAGACAGCUCUUCAACCCAGUCGGGGCAGAGCAGACCCAGCCCUGCUCCUCCCAGCAAUAACCACCUCCACAGAAGCCAGCCAAGAUGUCUGGCCACUUGAUAGCAGGGACUUCCUGCUACCACAAUCAGAAUUGCUCAGGGGCUUGUGGCUGGAGAAAAAGUGCCCAGCCACCCCCACCACCACCCCUCACUCCCAGCUUUCCCCCAGUCUCUCUGGCAGAGAGGCAGGGAGUGGCCAUGUAUAUACUCGAGAUUGGGUUUGAUUUUUUUUUUUUUUAAUUUCAUUUUGAUAUUUUUUUUUCCUGCUCUGGAAGGUGGUGGUAAACGGGUGAAUGAAUAUUUAAUAAAAGUUACAAGUUUC